AUGCCCUUUGUACGAUGUGCGGCCUACGACGACGAAGGGAACCCUCUCAACGGAGGAUGCAGACAGGGAGCCAAUUGUGCAUGGGUUCACCCCUCCCAUCAGGCCGACUGGGCGCGUGCUCCGACAUCGAACUUGGCCCUGCGGAAGAAAGGCGUCUCAGACUCGUUCCGCCCGCCAAAAGCUGGUAAACCGCGCUGGCCGGGUUCGGGCAAGCCGGCGAAGACCAAUUUCACUUCUUCGUCUGCGAAGGCAGCUUCUCCUGAUGAAGAAUCCGACGAUUCGUAUGCACUCGGGUGGGGUACCUCUGACAAGGGCUGGGGUUCUAAGAGAAUAUCUGAACCUGGGUCUGCCUCUCCAGCCAGUGUUGGCGCUACUCCCAAUGCAUUCGAGGGAUUUAAGGGGAAGGGGAAAGCGGCCUCGCCCAUGUCAACAGCAUCUACACAGAUUGUUCCGUCGGAGCCAGCAUUCUCGCCGCCGCCACCACCCCCUCCUGAUGACCCUCAUGCUGUCCCGCUUAUGUCUCCUAUCAUAUCGCACACCCCGGAGAAGACCUCGAAGUUUUCGAACGCAGGCUUUAUUAAUAGAUCGGCACUGGAAGAGAGGGAACCCGGAGAGGUUCUGUCGUCGCCGAUCAGCGCCUCAUUCGCAGAUCGACCUCCUCCCGGUCCGCCAAAACCCGUAUCGCUCUUGGAGACGCAUACGGACAGCGAGAAGUUCCUCAGGCAACUCCUUGACGCAGUCUUCAAGACGAAUGAGCUCAAGGCGGCAGAAGAGGACCUUGCAAGAAAGAAGCGAAUGAUGUACUCCUCGUACUAUGAACGCGCAUCCCACGCAACGCGUCAGAAGCUUGAAGCAGAGCGUCAGUUGGCCGAACAUGACCGCUUCAUGAAAGACGAACGAUUGCGUUCGCGUCUGGCGCGUCUUGCGGACCUGCCGAAUGUCGACGCGCACCUUGCGCAGAUCGCGCCGUCGUUCGAGAGGGCGAACACGCUGUUCAUGUCCUACUUGCAGAGUGUGGAGGCCUGGAGAGGGGCGUUGGAACCGUAUGGGAGGGGGUUGUGGGAGGAGCAUAAGGCGAGGGUCAGGAAGAGGGAGGAGAAGCUUGCGAGUGAUGAUCGGCCUGACUGGGUCAAAAACGCGCCUCAGCUGAAGGGGGAAUACGAUAGGCUCAUUGAGCUCGAACAGAGCGUGAAUGACUUCGUAUCAGAACGAGAGGAUCGCGAGAUGCAGGACGGUCAGACAUUGAUGUCUGAACUCGUCCGUCUUGCGGAGGAGGGUAACCCACGGCUGCAUGAGGCCGUCGAACGCGGCAAACAAGAUAAGAUUGACUCUCGCGUGAAGCAGAUCGUAACCGAACACAAAGUCCGAAGCGCAGCGUUGCGGCAAGAGGUGGACAAGUUGGGAGAGAGGAUAGGUGUUGCGUUGGACAAAGAAGUUGAACGCGAACCGCGUGCUGGUCUUGAGGAAUAUAUGGCAAGCAUCCGCGAAAGAGUUCGCCAACAACACGAACAGCAUGCUGAGCGCAUACAAGCCAUCAAGACCCAACACGCUGCGGUCAACGGCUUGGUCAAGCAGACAGAUCCCGUCCCUGCCAACGACCUGUCCAAACUCGUCUCAGAAGCUGAGAUCAUUGCCAAACGCCAAGUGGACGAACGAGUAGAGUUCACUGUCGGGCAACUGAAGAAGUCGUCCGAGAGCGUGAUGUCCAGUUAUGAGACGCAACAAGUUAGGUUCUUGUGGGAGUCGUCGGAGCCGAUCCGGCUGGUUGAGAAGUAUGUGGACAGCGACGAGGGAAGGAGGAAUCAAGCGCGAACAUUGCUGGAGGAGCACGCGAGAGCGCGAGAUCCGAAGCCCGGCGUUGCUGGGACUUGA